UUUAGACCAAUCAAUUGUUUUAAGAUAAGAAUGGAUACUUCUUGUCUUGUUGGAUGUACACCAAUUCACCUGGAAGAGGAGCAUGUGUCUAAAUUGAAGUUUUUAGUUUCGCAAAUUUCAAAUGAAACGGCAAAAUCCAUGGAAGAAAAGAAUUUGGAACAAUUCCAACGACUUGUUGAACUUUAUGGAGAUGAACCCCAACUUUUGGACCCAGCACUGAAUGAGUUGGUAGCUGGACUAAUUAAACAUAUCAGAUGGCCUUUACCUGAUGAACUCCAAAUUUUAGAUAAUUCAAGCAUUGUAGCGCUGACUUACCUUCGUGUUUUGUGUCUUGUCCGUGGUUAUAAAUUUUUAAUGAGGCUUCUUCCGCAUGAGUUUGAACUACUCGACCCAAUCCUUUCUUGCCUUCAACAUUUAAUAACAAAAAUGUCAACAUGUCCCAAAGAAGACAAAUUUUUAAACAAAAUAUUAAUUCAAAUGCUUGUUAUCUGGUUAAUGUUAAUUUGCAAAAAUCCUUUCAAUUUAGAAUUGCGUUAUUCGAGGAAUGAUUUAACAACUAAAACAACAAAUUCUGCUUCUUUUGCAGAAAAUAUUGUGAAUUGUUUAGAUGAAAUUUUGAAAAGUGAAACUGUUGAUGGAAGAUUGUCAGUUGUCCCAACUUUACUAGCCCAAAUUUUAACUAGAGCGCCAGUCAAUACCAAAGCUUUGGAAACUCGUUUUUUAAAUUUUCAAAAUGUUUUUGACAAAUUUCAAAGUGAAAAGGAUGGUGGGCGUCAAUUAAUUAAUCAAUUAGCUUUGGCCAAUGCUUUACUGAAAUGGGGCCGUAGAAGAGAUAUUAAACCAUUUACUGAACAACUUUUUUCUUCACUUUCAAAAGAUUUUUUAUUUUCCCAAUGCCCAAAUAUUUUGGUUCGCCAUUUAAUCUCAAAACUUCUUCAAAGAAUUUCACUUGUUCUGCUUCGUCCUAAACUUGCUAGUUGGCGUUAUCGUUGUGGGUAUCGGUCUAUAGAGGAAACUUUGAGGAGAGAUAAAAAUUUAAAAAUGGAUUCUGCUUCCUCUUUACAAGAUACGAAAGGUCAUCCAAAUGAAGAAGAGAAUUCUCAAAAUGAUGAUGACGACAGUGAUAUUCCUUACGACUUGAUUGAAAUAAUUUUGGGACAACUUUUACUAAAGUUGCGUGAUCGAGAUAAUUUGGUUAGAUGGACAAGUGCUAAAGGAAUAGCUAGAAUAUGUGCUCGAAUUCCGUUGGAGAUGGCAGCCCAAGUCGUCUCGUCAAUUUUUAAAGACAUUUUUGAAGACAAAACAGACUCAAAUGUUGCCAGUUCUUGGAUGGGUGGAUGUUUGGUGUUAGCUGAACUUUGUCGUCGUGGAUGUCUGUUGCCUGAACAAGUUCCAAAGGCUAUUUCACUCGUACUUUCACGCUCUUUAAUUUUUGAUUCAAACCAAUUUGGUAGUGUGCUAGCUUUAAAUAUUAGAGAUGCUUCUUGUUAUAUAUGUUGGGCAUUUGCUAGAGCUUACGAGGCAAAAUUUCUUCGACAACAUUUAAAACCUCUUGCGGGAACUUUACUUUCAGUUGCUUUAUUUGAUCGAGAAGUUAAUGUUAGAAGGGCGGCUAGUGCUUCAUUUCAAGAAAAUGUAGGCCGUAACGAUUCUUUUCCUCAUGGCAUUCCGGUACUCCAGUUGAUCGAUUUUGGUGAAAUUGCAAGGAUAAAGCAUUGCUAUUUGGAAAUAUCUGUUGAGGUUGCUAAAUUUCCCGAAUAUGUCCAGCCAAUGCUUGAUCAUUUAAUUGAGUUGAAAUGCCAACAUUGGGAUGAAUCUAUAAGAGAAUUGGCUGCUGAAGCUUUACAAAAAUUGGCCCCUUUUGAUUUUGAAUAUUCCGAAAAUGAGUUGCUACCGAAAUUAUUUAAAAGAUUAUAUUCUUUGGAUUUAAAUGAAAAACAUGGGGCAUUUUUUGCUGUUGCUGGGUUACUCGAAGCUUUGUCUGUUCGAAGUGAACAAGUGCUCAAAAAAUAUUCAGCUUUACUAUUCGAAGCAAUUAAUGUCAAUUCAAUCCAAUUAAAUGAUCAUCGCAAAAAAGGUUUUUCGCUUAAUGCAAAAUCGUUAUGUAGAAUUAUUCGAGCUCUAUGUACAAUUGAAUGUGUUUUGGAUGUUGAACAGCUCAAUAAAUUUCACAAUAUUUUGGAUGCUGUAAUUGGUGAAGAAAACAAUCAACUAUCAAUUUAUGCCCAACAAGCAUUUCCUAGUUUAAUGGCUUAUUAUAGAGGAAAUAAUCUUGAUCAAUUAUUGAAUAGGUUGAAGAAUAAAUAUUUUCCAGAGGUUUGUGAAGGAGAAAAUUUGUGA